UCUGUCUAUGAAAUUGACGUAGUGUGGAUGUAGCGUUUGUUGAAUAAAAAACAUCGCGAGAACUAGUUCGAUUAAAUUAGUUUUAAAUUAAAAGUUGUUUAUGAAGAAAUAUAUUUGGGUGACAAUUUAAAGAAAUCAUGCCUUCGAGCGCGGAAGCGUUCGUGGACGCUCUCCUCACCCAGGAGGCGUUAGACCAUCCAUCAGACAAUGUAAAGCCAGAAGAACUAGCACUAGAACUACCAAAAUGGUUCGAUGAAGAGAAAUUUAACAAGGGCCGUAAGUUCUACCUGGACAACUGCUUCGCGAUGUCAUCAUCCAUGUUGUUGGGAUUGGCUGCCGUGUUCGCGAUACCAUCCAUUUUGCGUAUACUGGUGGGGACGCGACGAUCCAACUCCGUGUACACAGCGUACAGGCGAUACCUCUCAACACUACUACACACCGUAUCCUGGUUCGAGAACGAACUGAAGCCAGGAAGCAUAUCAUGGAAAUCGCUAUACACAGUGAGGAGCAGACAUUUAAGAGCGGGUCUUGCUUCAAAGAUCAAAGGUAUGGGAGUGGUGUCUCAAAGAGACCUGGCUCUCACACAGUUUGGUUUCAUCGGGUUCUCCAUGCUGAAGCCAGACAAGUUUGGCAUCAGACAGCUUCAUGAAGACGACUGGGAAGCCUACAACUACACCUGGAGAGUCAUUGGGUACAUGAUCGGAAUUGAAGACAGGUACAACAUCGCCCGCGAUACAUUCGAGGAAACCCUUGAAGUGUGCCAGCUUCUCAAAGAACGAGUAUACACGCCGUGUCUGGAAAAUGUUCCCGAAUACUUCGAGCACACAGCUCGUGUUAUGUUGGAGGGCCUGUGGAACAUCAACCCGACCAUCGAGACCGACGCUGUGCUGUACUGGUGCAGGGUACUGGCUGAUGUCCCCGGCUACAUCUACACUGAAUCUGAUAGGAUGAACUUCCAGAUGAAACUUAAGGAAAAACUGAAAGGGAAGCCUCUUGACACUGGGGUGGAUUCUACAGAAUUCAUGUGCAAGCCGGCCAUAGACGGUCUGCCUAAGACCCCACCGCGCCUGCUCUACUACAAGGACUUCAACACCAUCGAGACUACGCCGUACUACAAGCACCUCACUUUUAAGGCCAAAUACAAGAUGUUCAUGUUCAACCAGUACUCGACCUUAUACACCUCAUAUUUAGGCAGACUUUACAUCAACCUCAAUUUCUGGUUCAGCGUCUUCCUAAUGAGAUACUUCCCAUACUUGGCUUUCUUCAAGUUCGGUAUUAAAAAAUCUCUAGUCAAUAUUUUCGAAGAGGACCCUACAGACGACACUAAGCCGGUGAGUAACGCGGAAUAUUUCAAGAAUCGUAAACCUGAGACGUGGUAUAGUGCGGCUCUCAGCUUAAUUUGGUAGUACACGAUUAUCUACUUUUUGACUAAGCAAAUACGUGAUUAAAUCGAUAAAUACUUAUAAUGAUAAGUUACACGAGCUGUUUCGGUGGUUACAUGAUAUCUAGUAGGACGUCAUGACGCGGUGUGCGAACAAAUAUGUUUGUAUUCUUUGUAUUAGUAUUAUUUAGUUAUUUAUUAAAUUGACUGGUAUGACGGUGAUGGGGAUUAAGCUGAGACAGUUGUAUUAUUAUAUUACAAAAAUAUGCUAUUUUUACAUAUUACAUAAUAUAAAAUGUAAUGCAUAAUAUCCAGAAAGAAGUGACAAUGGUUAACGAAAUUACGGCUUACCUUGUGUAUAAGUUUUAACAAAACAUAAUAUUUAAUAUGAUUUGUUAUCGGAUUAUGACUAGACAAAUCUAAUAGAUAAAAAUGAUUUAUUAUAUUUAUUGCAUUUAAUUAAAAUUAAGUAGUUAUUAAUUUCAUGGCUAAAUUAUGAGAUUGGUUUUAUGUAAUAUUGAUAGUAUCUUAUUUAUUAUAUAAAUCGUUUAAUAUUUCAAAGCAAGUAUUACUUAGGCACUUUAAAUGACGAAUUCCAUAUUUGGAACCAAAAAUAAAUAGGUAAAUAAUAGCUACAUACCUACCUAAACUGUAGUUUGGAAAAUUGUUCAAACGACAAUAAUGAAAAAAUUAGGAACUUAAUCAAUAUUGUAGAUAAUCAUUUACAUAAUACCUAAACAAUGUUCGUAAUUUUAUCAAUUUUUAAAGUAACUUAUACAUAUAAUUUUUAUUGGAUUUAUUUGAUAUAGAUUUUAUUGUCAAAUACAAUUUGUAUAGACAAUCCUUUUAUUCGUGUGGUCAAAGCGUGAGUACUGGACAAGACCCCCAGGUCGAGUGAAGUGUGAUUGAGUGCUUCGCUAUACGAAAUCUUCAUUAGGUAUUAGCACAAAUAAAUGGGAAUUUUUCUCCUACCAUUUUGGGGGAUAUUAAAGUGAUAAUGGUGUCAAUUUGUAAUGUACUUACGUUUGAUAUUUAAAAAAUUAUAUUAAACGAAUGUAGUGCAUAAAAUAAUGCAAUUUUACUGUCUAUCGAUAACGUUUUACAAUGCAAUAAAUUCUGUUAUAUCUUAGAAAUGCACAAAAUAAAUGUUUUUAGAUAAAAAUUAGUGUGUACCUACUUGUAAUAGAUAAAAAUAUAUUUUGUAAUUAUUCAAAGCAGGGCCUAAUAAAUGACAUAU